AUGAUAGUAGGAAGAGCCAACAUCGAAGGAUCAAAAAGUAACGUCGCUAUGAACGCUUGGCUACCACAAGCCAGUUAUCCCUGUGGAUCGAUAGGCCAUGCUUUCACUGUUCGUAUUCGUACAGGAAAUCAAAAUCAAACGAGCUUUUACCCUUUUGUUCCACACGAAAUUUUUGUUCUCAUUGAGCUCAUCUUAGGACACCUGCUUUAUCUUUUAACAGAUGUGCCACCCCAGCCAAACUUCCCACCUGACAAUGUCCUCCGCCUGGAUCGACGGGCUGAGGCCAGCCUUGGGUCCAAAAGAAGCGAUGAUGAGGCAUUUGGCUACCUUAAGAGAGUCAUAGUUACUCCCGUCGUUUACCCGCGCUUGGUUGAAUUUCUUCACUUUGACAUUCAGAGCACUGGGCAGAAAUCACAUUGCGUGAGCAUCUGCAGGGACCAUCGUAAUGCUUUGUUUUAAUUAAACAGUCGGAUUCCCCUUGUCCAUACUAGUUUUGAGUUGACUGUUCAUCGCCCGGGGAAGGCCCCCGAGGGAGCCGUUCACAGUCCAUCCCUCGGUCGGCACGCGAUGACCCGCUUUCUUCGUGGGAGUAGCUCGAGCAGUGCACCAGUAGUCGACGGGUUCGAGACUGGGACCCUUGUGCCCUACCCUCAGAGCCAAUCCUUUUCUUGAGGUUACAAAUCCAUUUUGCUGACUUCCCUUACCUACAUUGUUCCAUAGACCAGAGGUUGUUCACCUUGGAGACCUGAUGCUGUUAUGAGUAAGAUCGGGCACAGACGACACUCGAUCCUUCAGAUUUUCAAGGGCCGUCGGGGGUGCACCGGGCACCAUGCGACGUGCGGUGCUCUUCUGGCCAUUGGACCUACCUUCGACUGAGCCAUUUCUAGGGUGGAUGGGCUAUUAAACAGAAAAGAUAAUUCUUCUCGAGGCCUCCACUGACGUCUCCGGACUCCCUAACAUUACCGUCAGCCAUCGCAUCCCGGUUCAAGAAUUUUAACCAAAUUCCCUUUCGAAGCUCGCAUGGGA